AUGGCUGGUCGAGAACGAGAUAUGUUUAGAAAGUAUGAAUCGGGUAGUGCUAAAAGACAGAAAAAACGAAAGAAUGAAGAGUUAAUUAAUAAACAACGCGGCUUCAUUAAUAGAUUUAUUUCAUUGAAAAGAGAUGAUUCAGAUGAAGAUAAAUCGCUUAAAAGUGAUAAUAAUGAUGAAGAAAAUAACUUAAAAAGUAACAAAAAAGGCGAGUCGUCCAAAAAUGAAAAAGAUAAUUUUGAUGAAGAUAAAUCGCUUAAAAGUGAUAAUAAUAAUGAAGAAAAUAACUUAAAAAGUGACAAACAAGGCGAGUCGUCGAAAAAUGAAAAAGAUAAUUCAGAUCUAGAUGAAGAUAAGUUGUUUAAAUGUGAUGAUAAUACUGAAAAAAAUAACUUAAAAAGUGACAAAGAAGGUCAGUUGACUAUUUACAAUUUGGAUGAGUGGAAAGAUCCAGGAAUGGAUAACUCAAAAUAA